GACACUCGUCAACUUACGCAUGGCGAUCAGGUUUGCUUUUCUCAUGACUUUCUGACAGUACAUUAACUUUACUGAACUCUUGGCGAUUCCUACGUUGAUUCAUCGUGUCAUCGUGUUGUUUUAGUAUGUAGUAUGUUUCCUCCACUCUUUUGUCGCUAACUUUUAGCCGCCAACAGGCUAGCGUUAGCAUUACCAGAAUGUGGUCUCUGAAGGUCGGCUGUCCGGCUUUGAUUUCGCAAAAAGUGAGCAGAGCUGUAGCCGGUCAUAUUUAUUUUUCUGUGUACGCUGCUCGUCUUCGUCCAACAACACCCUCCACAGAAGAUAUCCCUAUCAUUCGUGUCCCUCGCUACGUGCAGAAACGCGUUGAGAACCCGAAGCAGACCCGAGGCAAGAACAACGUGAACACCAUCAAAGCUGGCAAGCUCCUCAUACAGAGCAGGAACGCUAGUUUGAAUCAGUCUGUUGGAUAUACGCACGGCAAGUUUGAUGAACCUACUCUGUGCUCCAAAGGAUGGAAGCACAAACAGUCCUGCGGGGAUUAUUUCACCAUUAACAACAUCAAGUCUGUUGCACCUUAUGUUUAUGGAAGCCCUGAGGAGGAUGCCGAAAAGCCCGUAAAGACGUUCCAUAAACUACACAUCUCCAAGGGAUUGGUGGAGACUUUGGAGCACCUCAACAUUACUCACCCCACCACUGUGCAGCUGCAGACCAUCCCAAAGGUGAUGAGAGGUCACAACAUCCUGUGUGCGGCAGAGACAGGAAGUGGGAAAACACUGAGUUAUCUGCUGCCUAUUGUGCACAAAUUACAGCUCACUGAGGAUGUGUUUGGAGGAGCAGGUUCUGCAAAAAUCCGCGCUGUGAUUCUGGUGCCCUCCAGGGAGCUUACUGAGCAGGUUGCCGCCGUGUCCAGGAGCCUGUGCGACCCGUUGGGCAUGGUGACUAGGACUGUGGGUGGCGGGCGAGGUGUGGGGCACAUCAAGAGCGUCUUCAAGCGAAGUGUUCCGGAUAUAUUGGUGGCGACGCCGGGUGCUCUGGUCAAAGCUUUGAGGAGACGCUGCUUGGAUUUGAGUGAGCUGAACUUCUUGGUGGUGGAUGAAGCAGACACCAUGUUUGACCCAAGCUUUGCUGACUUGCUGGAGGACAUUUUGCACCACACUGAAAUUGCAAGACAUCCAAGGGAUACUCAAGGCCCCGCCCACAAGGCUCAGCUGCUGGUUGUGGGCGCCACCUUCCCCGGUGGGGUCGGGGAAGUUCUCAGCAACGUGACGGACCUCGGUAGCAUGGUGGUCAUCAAGAGCAAGAUGCUUCACUUCCUGAUGCCGCAUGUGAAGCAGACUUUCCUCAAGGUGAAAGGUGCUGAUAAGAUCCUGGAGCUCAACCAUUACCUGAAACUCCUCCAGCAGGAAAAAGGAGGAGGAGGUGUUCUGGUGUUUUGCAACAAGUCCUCCACUGUCAACUGGCUGGGGUUCUCCUUGGAGGAGAUGGGGGUACAUCACGCCCGCCUCCAAGGGGAGAUGCCGGCUGCCUUGCGCACGGGCAUCUUCCACAAAUUCCAGAAGGGAACUGUGAACGUCCUCCUGUGCACUGACAUCGCCUCGCGAGGCCUGGACACGUCUCGGGUGCGCUUGGUGGUCAACUACGACUUCCCGGAGUCUCACACGGACUACAUCCACAGGGCCGGGCGGGUAGGGAGGGCCGGGGGAUUUGAAGGUGGUAAGGUGCUCAGCUUCGUCACGCAUCCCUGGGAAGUGGAACUUGUGCAGAAGAUUGAGACGGCAGCACGUAGGAAGACUAGUUUGCCUGGGAUGGAGUCUCAAAUACGGGAGCCAAAGCCAGAACUAGUUAUGACGGAACAGUCAGAGGUGUGAGGGCAUUUGUACUGUGCAAACAGUAGAGAGGCGUUGGUGGAAGAACCCAUUAAAAUGUUGGUGAGAAAUAUAUUUCAUCAUUAAAAAUAACUUUAACCCAUGUUUUGUUGUGUUGUGUUGCUGUGAAUGGGGUGGACCAAGGUGAUCAGAGGUAACAGAGGCGGGCCUUUGCUGGAUUCUGUAUGAAAGCUACAUGCUGCAAGUUUGGCAUCAAUUAUUCAGAAAUUCUGCGUUUUACAUGUUUUAUUUUGCAUCACAAUAAUG